AUGUUGUUUCUUGCAUCGCUUUUCCCCCUUAUUCAGGUCGCCACGGCCCUGAGUCUUACCGUCGGCUCGUCCGGCGGUAAUGCUUCCAGCCAGCUAUUGUACGGCUUACUAUACGAGGACAUCUAUCAUUCUGGAGACGGCGGUCUGUAUGGCGAAAUGCUUCGCAACCGGGCCUUCCAGGGCUCCGGAAGAGGCAGAAUAGCAAGCUAUGAUCGAAACACGGAUUUUUGGAAUCCUGUCGGGGGAGUACAGCUUUCCAUCGACCAGUCCGAGCCGAGCCUUUCGUCCAGCCUUGGAUACCACCUGCGAAUGGACGUCCCAGAAGGCACGACGGGCACCGUUGGUUUUUACAAUGACGGCUUCUGGGGCUUCAGUGUUGAUGCGGCCAAACGCUACAUCGCCAGUAUGUAUGUCAGAGGAGACUACAACGGUGAGGUGGAAUGUUAUUUCAAAAACACCAUCUCUGGCCAAAAGCUCUCGUCCUCCAAGAUGAAGCUGAACCAGAAGGCCUCGGACGGAUGGAAACAGAGCUCAACACCGACCUUCAACCCCACCAUCACGGCUGGAAACGGGAACAAUACCUUUUACUUUGCCUUUGACGGCCGUCAGCUUGCUGGCAAGAGCAUCUACUUCAACCUCUUCAGUCUCUUCAAACAAACAUACAAAAAUCGCUACAACGGUCUCCGCGAAGAUUUGAUGGUUAGCCUUGAAGGUCUCAACACGAAAUGGAUUCGUCUUCCUGGUGGAAACAACAUGGAAGGUCUCCGACUCGGCGAGCACUGGAAGUGGAACCAAACCAUUGGGAACCUGAAAGACCGACCCGGAAUGCUGGGUGUCUGGGGUGACAUCAACACGGAUGGGUUCGGACUCCUGGAGCAGAUGCAGAUGGCUCAGGACUUGGGCCUUACUGUCAUUCUUGGAGUGCAUGCUGGGUUGUAUCUCAACGGCAACGUGGUUCCCCAGAGCCAAAUGCAACCCUACAUCGACAUGACGCUGAAUGAACUGGAGUUUCUCACUGGCGAUAAGUCUACCACAUAUGGAGCCAAGAGGGCCGCCUUGGGAUACCCAGCUCCGUUCAAGGUGGAAUGGGUAGAGAUCGGCAAUGAAGACUACCUCAACAAUGGUCGCUCGUCUUACUAUUCCUACCGCUUCAUGGCCGUGUACAAUGCCAUUCGGGGGAAAUAUCCAAACAUGAACAUCAUUUCUAGCAUCAACCCAUCUCCAUCGCCCGACAAGGGGAGCGGAGGCAUGGUGGACCUCCACAUCUACGACAAUGAGCGUCACUUUGUAAGCCUCUACAACACAUUUGAUCAGGCGAGUCGGGACUACCCCGUCUUUGUGGCCGAAUACGCCGCCAUCCGAGCGGGCACGGGAACUGGAGCCGAAAUAGGAGCCCAGACGUUUGGAAUGGCCUGUGCCGAGGCCAUCUUUUUACUUGGAUGCGAACGAAACUCUGACAUCAUUGUCGGCUCGGCCUACGGCGCGUUGAUCAAGCACUAUGACGAAGAACCCAACACUGUUGCCGUCAUCAAGCACACUGCCACCGAAGUGUUGUACACCAUGAGCUACUACGUACAGAAGCUCUUUGCCGACUACAUGGGCACGGAAACGCUUCCAGUGACAGCUACAGAGGGUAGCGUUGGACCAACGUAUUGGUCUGCCACAAAGGGCAGCGAGGAAACCGUCCUGAAGCUCGUCAACUACAACGGUCCGACGGGUGAAGGCAAUGCAGUCAAGGUGACUGUUAAGGGGUCAAGCGCCAGCACGGCAAAACUCACACUUCUAUCCGCUCCCAGCUCUACUAGUGUCAACAACCUGCCUUCCAUGGGCGGAGAGGCCAGCCAGAUUACUGUCAAGACCAUCAGUGGUCAGAAUGGCGUGUUUUCGGUAGUCUUUACCAAGGCUUAUGAGAUUGCUAUCCUGACUGUGUAG